GUUCGUUCCGUUUUACGAUACCCAACCUACUUCGCAUUUAACCGAAGAAAAAAAUAUGUAGGUAUAUAAAUGACAUGAAUGAAAGAAAUGUCAGAGGGUCAAUGACUGGUGCAGUUCAAAAAGUUGGACGCGGAUUUUUGUGUUUUUCUUUAUUUUAUUUUGUACACAGCUAUUUUGAUAAUGAAAUAUCAAAUUCCUUUGAUACAAUGUAUUUUUUUUACCCUAUUUUCUUUGGGAGAAUCUGUGUUUUUUCCGUAUGUGUACCCCCGCUUGAAGUUGGAAGCGAAGACUAGGGGACGAGCCGGCGACCCUCUCUUUCUGACUCCGUACCUUGAGAGGGGAGAUAUAGAUCUGGCUCGGAAUUUAUCCAGAGUACCACUCACAGAUAAGAUAGGUUUUCCUAGCUACGCCGGUUUCUUCACUGUGGAUGAAGACUAUAGCUCGAACCAAUAUUUUUGGUAUUUCCCUCCUUUUUCAAAGAACGCAAAUGCUCCCGUAUUACUGUGGCUACAGGGUGGACCGGGCGGCACCUCGCUAUUUGGAUUAUUCACAGAAAUAGGUCCACUGAUAGCGAAGAAAGAAGGCUUUGCACAGAGGAAGUAUCACUGGGCUCUCAACAACCAUUUAAUUUUUAUUGACAAUCCAGUAGGGACGGGCUUUAGUUUCACUAAAGACGACAAAGGAUACUGCUGUGAUGAAGACUGCAUAGCAAAAGGCCUCUACAGCAGUGUGCAACAAUUCUUUGAACUGUUCCCGGAGUUGAGAUACAAUGACUUCUUCAUAACAGGAGAAUCUUAUGCUGGAAAAUACAUACCGUCAUUAGCUAUGGAGAUUCAUCGCCAGAAUAACAAAGCAACUCAAAACUCAGAGAAAAUAAAUUUGAAAGGUCUAGCCAUGGGUAAUGCGUAUUGUGAUCCAGUGAACCAGAUGGACUAUGGCCAUUACUUGUACCAGCUAGGCUUGAUAGACAGUAAACAGUUAAAGCUAUUUGAAGACUUACAAGGCAAAAUAAGAGCGGCAAUCAUAUUGAAGGACUGGGAAGCGGCGGACAUACUCAUGGACAAACUAUUAGACGGUGAAGUCUCUAAUUAUUCUUAUUUUAAAAAUUUCACAGGUUUCAAUUACUACUACAAUUUCUUAGUAACAAAUGACAAAACGGACAUAUCUGUAUUUACGAAGUUACUUGAAAAUGACAGUGUGAGAAAGAGUAUCCACGUUGGUUGGUUACCGUUUAAUUCAGGGAAGGAAGUCCAGGAACAUCUAAUAUAUGACAUGAUGAAAUCGGUUGCAUGUAAAAUUAGCGAAUUACUUUCCUACUACCGUAUAAUGUUCUACAACGGUCAGUUAGACAUAGUUGUAGCGUAUCCUCUUACAGAAAAUUUUCUACGUAAAUUGAAAUUUAACUGUGCAAGUGAAUAUAAAACUGCGAAGAGGCAAAUGUGGUUUGUGGGUGAAAAGCUGGCAGGGUACGUGAAGAAAGCAGGCAACUUGACUGAGGUAUUAGUACGUAAUGCUGGACACAUGGUGCCUCACGACCAGCCAAAGUGGGCUUUGGAUAUGAUCACUAAGUUCACACGUAACAAAUUUUGAAGUUAAUGUCACAUAAACAUAAUCUAAGUUAUAGUAGUGUAAUUGUAUGGUCUCAAGCAUCAAUAUGCAUACAUUUCGCUAUCAUGUCAUGUUUUUUUUACAAAUUGCACCGUAAGUCUCACUAGUAACAGAGUCCUGAAAUGGGUACAAUAUAUUGCUCAUGACUAUGAUUGUGUACAUUUAAUAAUUAUAUGAACAAAAAAGGAUAGGAAAUUAGGAUGUUUUUUAACAAUAGGCAAGAGAACAAAUUAGAUACUUUUUGCGAAACAUCAAAACUAUUGAUAUUGUAUAAAAAUACACGUGUAUGUAUGACGUCAUCUAUAACUGUAGUCAAACAUUGGUGCUAAUUCCUGUAAAUACCAUCUAAUUUUAUUUUAAGUUAUAUCUGUCAUUUUCUUAUCCGCCGAAAAGGAAAGGGACGGGUAAUCGACAAGCAUGAAAUUUAUGGAACACACGUCAAUUUUAAGCACAAAUCUAAACAGUGUAAAAAUUUUACAUCCGUCAAUAACCCGACACAGUUAAGAAGACAGCACGUCAAACGGAUUGCAUACCAGCGACGUACCUUUUGAUUCGCCCGGGUUAUUCAUUCAUUCUUCCUAAAAUUAAGAGCUUUGAAUCAUCCGUCCCUUUCCUUUUCGACGGAUUUGAAAAUGACGGAUAUAACUUAAAAUAAAAUUAGGCGGUGUCUGCUGGAAUCGGGGACAUUCUCUUUGUUAUAAUUCUUAAUUUAAAUUCGUAAAUCAGUCAAAAAGGAAAAUAAGAUUGAUUUUUAAUCAUCUUAGAUUGGCUUCUAUUUCUAGAUUAGCAUUUUGUAAUUUAUCAUUGACCCAGUCAAUUAGCCUAUUGUACCUAAUUAUGAUUUUAAGAAUAGGUAAAUAAAAGUUGUCUUGUAA